UAUUAAUUGUCAAUAAUAAUCAGUAAUAAUUCAACAAUAUGGAGAAAUAAAUUAUAUUUAAGACAUGAUUCAAAAUAUAGCGUAAUAGGAUCUUAUAUAAGCAAUAUUGUGUUAUAUGGCAGUACAUUGGCUUUGUUAUAUUUUUAUUUUGAUGUACAGCAUGGGACUUGUAUUUCUCUUAGAAUUGAUUCUUGCUGGAACAUUUAAAAACUGCAAUUAAAUAAAGUAGCUUGUAGUGUAGUAGAUUACACGUGUUAUGAAAUAGCACUUUUCUAUUUUAGUUUUUCUUGCACAGGAACAUAUUCAUGGUGCACAAUUCUUACUCAGGGUUUUAAGGUGAAUCGAUGAUAAUUGCCAGAGGCUGCUGGAAGAUUAAUUUAAUGAAUCCUCAUUAUUGUCACCUAGCUCUUGACAAUAAUUUUAAGGUAUGUAUAUUCAGCCUUUUUAACAGAAGGACACCAUGAAUUAAGCUACUAAACUGUUAACUGUACUUUUGGAUCCUGCUUUUGUACUUUUGUACUGGUCUUGGACCAUAAUAAAAUUUAUCUAACCCAAAAGAAGUGUACAAUAGCCAUAAUGUUGAUUGCUUUCUGAUUGGUACCUUGGUUCCAUCAUAUUUUCUACUUGCUCUUCCGGUGGAAGUAUUCAGGGCUGCCUCUUAUUAACAGUAAGACGCUAAAGCUGGAAUAGCGGAAUCUUUAUCUUGCAAGGCUGUUGUUUUUUUCAGGCUUGACAACAAAAGUGAAAACUGAAAUGCUAAAUCCUGCUGUUCUCAGCGUACCCUACUUUAGAAGGUUGUUGAAAGGAUGUGAUCACAGAUGGAAACCAUUGAGGACAUUCUGAGCUCUGAGGAACAGUCGAGUACAAAUGAAAUGGGUCCAAGUCUGAAUCUUUCCAAGAACCAGUAACCUCUCUGUAUUAUCUACCCCUCACGAGAUAAUUAUCCAUCAAGUUCAAAUAAUACCCGUUCGUAUUAUCAGAGGAACGUGGUUUGACAUUUCUUGCUAUUCGAUGACUGCCCCUUAGAAAGGGGUUGGGAGUUGGAUUAUUCGCGAGGCUCUCUCAGAAGGUGGCACUCAAAGUCUUCAAACCGAUGGCGUGACCGAGGUGUUGUUAUCCAAGGGCUGACAAUUGCUCGGCCACGCUUUCUUCACACGGCUAAAUUGCGCAGUCUCAUCUGCUACGAGAGCAUUAGCGCGCCGUCUGCUCCGCUCUUCGGCAUCCAGCAAACCCACCAAGGAGCGCCGGCAGAGGGCAGCGCUGCUCCUUAACUGGGCGUGGAGGCUCAGACACGUUGUUUCCCACGCAGCGCAACAUCGCGACGCUCCCUCGGUCUCGGGCUCAGCCUCCCUCGCGCUCGCUCAUCUGCCAGACUCCUAUCUUUGCCCGGCGGGAGUGCAGCGGAGGCCGAGCGGGGCGCCAGCAGCUCACCAGGAAAGUGGAGCGUCGAGCCUCGGGAUGCCCCUAAGGCUGCUACUCUUGCUGCUUGCGCUGGAUGCCUCCCGGGCGGCGCGUCCCCACGACUGGCUGUACCGCCAGAGACGGAGCAGCCCGCGGGAAGAGGAGGAGGGCGGCCUGCGGGAUCGUGCCGCGGGUGCCCCGGAGGCGGCUUCCUUGCUUAGCACCUCUUUCGUCCUGAAAGGCGACGCGGCUCACAACCAAGCGAUGGUGCAUUGGACGGGCGACAAUAGCAGCGUAAUUCUGAUCCUUACUAAAUAUUACCACACUGAUAUGGGCAAAGUGUUGGAGAGUUCUUUGUGGAGGUCAUCAGAUUUUGGAACACUAUAUACCAAAUUAAACUUACAGCCUGGAAUUGUUACAGUCAUUGAAAAUUUCUACAUCUGCCCUGCUAACAAGAAGAAGAUAAUACUUGUAAGUUCUUCCCACAAUGACCUGGACCAGAAUCUUUUUAUUAGUACAGAUGAAGGUGCUACUUUUCAAAAGCAGCCCAUUAGUUUUUCUGUGGAAACACUGAUAUUUCAUCCAAAACAGGAAGAUAAGGUGCUUGCUUACACCAAGGAAGGACAGCUUUAUGCAUCUCUUGAUUUGGGGAUAAAAUGGACUCGCGUACAAGAUCAUGUGUCAAAAGAUCAUAUUUAUUGGGCUGUUGAUGGAGUUGAUGAAGACCCUGAUUUGGUUCAUACAGAAUUCCAAGAUCCAAAUGGAGAUUUUUACUACAUGAUCUGUCAGUUUCAGAAUUGUUCUGAAAAAUCACUAAAGUCUCCCUUCAAUGGUAGGAUUGACAAGAAUUCCUUGACUGUACAGGAUGACUACAUAUUCCUUCAGGUAUCUUCAGGAAACCAAACAAAGUACUAUGUUUCUUAUCGUCGGAAUGAAUUUAUACAGAUGAAAUUGCCAAAGUAUGCUUUACCUAAGGAUUUACAGAUUAUCAGCACUGAUGAGAGCCAGGUGUUUAUAGCUAUCCAGGAAUGGUAUCAGAUUGAUACAUAUAACCUCUACCAGUCUGACCCACAAGGCGUUUCCUAUUCCAUUGCAUUAGAAAAUGUCAGGAGUACCAAGCAACCUGAGGAGAAUGUUUUAAUAGAUAUUUUGGAGGUUAAAGGUGUCAAAGGAGUGUUUUUGGCUAAUCAGAAAAUAAAUGGAAAAGUUACCACUCUUAUAACAUUUAAUAAAGGCCGUAACUGGGAUUAUCUAAUGCCCCCAGCUACUGAUAUGAAUGGUAAACCAACUGAUUGCAAACCACCUGAUUGCCAUCUUCAUCUUCAUUUGUGUUGGCCAGAUAAUCCAUAUGUGUCAGGGAUGGUUCAUACUAAGGAUACAGCACCAGGGCUCAUAAUGGGGGCAGGAAAUCUGGGUGCCCAGCUUGUGGAAUACAAGGAAGAAAUGUAUAUCACGUCAGAUUGUGGCAAAACAUGGAGACAGGUUUUUGAAGAGGAGCAUCAUAUCUUAUAUCUGGAUCAUGGUGGUGUGAUUGUGGCCAUCAAAGAUACAUCUAUUCCUCUGAAAAUACUCAAAUUCAGUGUGGAUGAAGGUCAAACUUGGAGCACCCAUAAUUUCACAAGUAUUUCUGUGUAUGUGGAUGGCCUACUUAGCGAACCUGGGGAUGAGACUUUAGUCAUGACGGUGUUUGGACACAUCAGCUAUCAGUCAGACUGGGAGCUAGUGAAGGUAGAUUUCCGUCCAUCUUUUUCCCGUGAAUGCACUGAUGAAGACUAUGAAUCAUGGGACCUGACAAAUAUGCAGGGUGACAGUUGCAUAAUGGGCCAGCAGAGAACCUUUCGAAGGAGGAAGAGUUCAUCAUGGUGUAUUAAAGGAAAAAACUUUAUGUCAGCACUUUCUUCCAAAAUUUGUGAAUGCAGUUCUUCUGAUUUCUUGUGUGAUUAUGGAUUUGAACGUUCAUUGUCAAAAUCGGAGCUCAGCACGUGCUUUGCUGACUUUUGGUUUAAUCCUAAAGCCCCUCCUGAAGACUGUAUCACGGGUCAGUCCUAUAAAAGUAGCACAGGAUACCGUAAAGUUAUAUCUAAUAUAUGUAAAGGAGGUGUGGAUUUACAGAAAAAUUCUUCUCAACAUGUCUGUCCACUAACUGCUCCCAAAGGAUUGCAGAUCAGCAUUAAAGGGGAAAAUCUAGCCAUUAAGCCAGGAGAAUAUGUCACCUUUGUUGUCAAACAAAAUCAGGGCGAUACUUUAAACACCAAAUACCAAGUGAACUUUGGAGAUGGCAUGAAGGCAAAUUAUAUGAACCUGACACUGAUAGGUGAAACAUUUCAACACCAUUAUGAAAAUCCUGGAGUUUAUCAUGUCUCUGUGGUUGCCAAGAAUGCUGCGGGUCAGGAUGAAGCAGUCAUAUUUAUUCAGGUUCAUCCUCCACUGCAGGCUUUACAUCUUGAAGUAGUUCCUGCUGUUGGCAGAAACCAGGAUGUGAAUUUGACAGCCAUUAUCCUGCCAAGGAACUCUAACUUUACACUUUUUUACUGGUGGAUUGGAAACAAUAUUCAGCCAGUUCUUUCACUGGAAAAUUUCUUGGUAACCAGUUUUGCUGAAGCAGGAAAAGUCAGAGUUACAGUUCAAGCUUCUUGUGGAAAUUCUAUGCUCCAAGAUUCCAAGAUUAUUCAGGUUUUGGAUCAUUAUCAAGUACUUCCAUUAAGGUUUUCUGAACAUCUAGAUUUAUACAAUCCAAACAUACCUGCUUGGAGGGAGGAUAUUGGACAUGUGGUAACACAACGGAUUGCCCAGGAAACAUGCUUACCUGAAGAAAGUCUUAUGACAGUGAUAAAACCUGGGCUACCCACCACUGCUGACUUUUAUGUGCUUCUGUCUACAAACCAUCCUGAAGGAAAGAAAAAUGUGUUUAAUGAUAAGCGGUUAGCUGCUAUUAAGCAAUCUCUGAAUGCCCAAAACAUCAGUUUCUUCAUGAGAGGAGGAAAAUGGGUCCUUGUGGUAUUAGGUAGUUCUGAUUCAGAUUCUCAGAGCAUCAGAGGAGGCAAUGGGUACUGGAUGAUAAUGGCUCUUUUUGUCAUUUCACUUGUGGUUAUAGGAGCCAUAGUCCUUUACAAAUUCAAAAGGAAAUUACCAGGGAGAAAUGUCUAUGCUCAGAUGCAAAAUGAAAAAGAACAAGAGAUGACCAGCCCUGUAAACCACAGAGAGGAUACCCAAAAUACUCAGGGGGAGGAAUUCAUUGAUGAUGAUCUUGAUUGUCAAACACUGGGAAAUGCAAGAGUGACUCCUUCUGGGAGAGGUGGAAACUUGAACAGCUACAGAGUUCCCUUAUUGCUGAUGGCAGUCAGUGUCCAGUCCCAGGCAAUCUCUCAGGCAUGGUUCUGAGCAUUAGUUCCAGGGAAAUGCACAGUUACCUGGUUAGCUGAUACAACUCAACCUAUAUUCAAGAAUCUUCUACUGUGGGUCCCUCCUUUCCUCUCUGAAGAAUUCACUGCUAGUGGGAAGGAGACUGUCUCGAAGAUACAACAGCCAUGUGUUACUUGGAAAACACAAUAAUACGCUUUGUGUUCAUGGCUGCUGACCUCAGACUAAGAUAGCAGAUCUGUAGCCCUAGGCAUGUUUGCAACCACUUUGUCUGUCUCUGGGUCCCUUGGCUUAUUUAUGUCCACGUAAUCAAACUCAUUUCAGACUUUGUUCACUAUGGUGACAUCAGGCUGCCAUUCUUAAGGCAUGAAGGUUAGUUUUAAAAUAGUUGAAACAGAAAUGGGUGAAUAUUUGGGAUUUUUUUCCUGCUAAAUCAGCAACUUGGAUCAGAUAUGGCACAUUUCAGAAGGGAUGCAUUGAAGAGACAGGGUGAUCACUCACUGGCAUAGCUCUUCAGGCCCACUGGAGAUCUAGAUAACAUCUUCCUUCUAUUUCAGAAUAUAAAAACUGAUGCUGAUGUUGGAAAACGAGUAGAAGCUUUUUGUAAUAUAUCACCAAAAGAAGCUUUCAGCUUCAUUUUGCUCCCAGGUCAGGUUCGUUCUAGUCUGACACCCCCAUCUUUCGGUCAGAAUGUUCCGCUAGACUUCCAGUCAGUUUGCAACCCACACCAUUAAACAGCUUGGGCUGCCUUAUCUUUUCUUUAGUUUCCAGAACAGCAAGUGUAAUUACUUUUUAAAAUUUCAGUAGCUUUUUUGUAUUUUUUUACACUUUCUAUUUUUAUAGCUAUAAAAUCAUUCUUAUCUCAGGAUAAUGCUGUCAAAGCAGCCUAUUUCAAAUUUGCUAUUUUAUUCUUUUUUUUCCUAUUUCUACUUUGGGGCUGAACAAACUAAAAAUAUCACUGCCUUGGACGUGUUUGACAAUCUGGUGAAUCAAAUUUGAUUAAUUCCAUUUAAAUAAUUGCACUUUUUCAAUUUCAUCCUAAAUAUCAUGCUUCAUUUUUCAAACUGGAGCUAAGUGAAGUCUUACUUCUAUAGGCAGGAAAUAAUUUCUAUUGUUAUUUAGAAGAACUGCAAGUUUAAUUGUGAAUGUGCUUGUUUCACCCCAGUAACUUUAUGGAGCAAAAAGUGCAGUUAGACUGGUGGUACUUGUCAAAGUAGACACAUAUAGAAAACUAGCCACAAAGUAGUCUAGAAAUAAUACACACAUAAGUGCACAUUUAGAAAGAGUUUCUGAAUAUCAAUGAACGAUCCUUAACAAAUCACUUGUGCUGCACUUAUUGUGUAUGUAUUACAUGACUGGGUCUCCAAGGUGUCAAUGAAUUCUUUCCAUAUUUCAUUUUGUGUUGAUGUAUUUCAUUCUCAUGUGUGCACAAAAGCAACUACUGCAGUACUGUGUCAAGCACAAUGCAUUCAGGAACUGAUCAUUCCAGCAGAUAUAAGGCUGCUGGAAAUGAAUGGCAACAUUUUAUUUGCCACCUGCUCAGGAUCUCUCUGUCUGUCUGUGCAGCAGAGCUCCUAGUGGCCUGCACAUUUUCUUAUAAAAGAGCAACAACUCCCCACUGCCUUACCUGUACAGAGAAUAAUUGCAGUUGAAAAAAUAUGGAAGUCUAAGUGUUUAAAAACAAAAAGGGGGUAUUCUUCAUAAAAUAUUUUUAUUCUUGGUAUUAAGGGACAGAACUCUUCAUUUUACUAUUUAUGGUAUUUCUGGUACUGAAAAUUUAAAAAAGACCCACAAUUUUUGUGAUGAAAAAUUACUGGUGCACUAUAAUUUGGAAACACGUUUAAAAAGUAACCCUAGCAAUGCAGCAGGAUGGGCAGAUCGCAAAUCUAGACUCCAUGUUUUUACAAAUCUGUGAAUGAUCAGCAGUAAAAAGUGUACAUGUACUGAUCAUAGCAUAAACAUCUGAUUUUGUUAUUUUCCUAAAGUGAAAACUUUGUUUCUAACUCUGCUCUUCCGUAACUGGAGAUAGAGUUAAAUGAAGGGUGAUCUUUGUUUGAGAUGUUAUUUUACUUCAUUGCUGUUCAGCAAACUUAGAAUAUCCCAAAAUUCACACUUUCUGUUUCCUUCAGUAAGAUAAUGUCUGUUUUAAGGUGGGAGCACUACACUGCAGUACAGUACUGUAUAUUAUUUGCGGUUACUGUAGAUAGAGCUACAACUUCUUACUAGCUUUACUAGAGGAAGAAGCUCCAUCUACACAGAUUCCUGUUUUCAUAUUGCCAACUCUUACUUAUUUACGUCAGAAUCUUCUGGACCCUACUUACUCCUACCAUCUGGGCUCAUUAAAAGGUCCCUCGGUUUAAUGUUUCUCUUGCCGUUUCCUCCCUCUCCUUCUCCCAAUAAAGAGAUUUUUCUUUCUGCAAAUGAAAAGAGCAGGUUGGGAUCUAGCCACUGCAAAGAAAUUUCAGUCCAGAUCUUUUGAUACAACAUUGCUUUGCUCUGUAAAAUGCAAGGGCAGUAUUUUUAAGGCUACUUGCUUUCAUUAUUGUUUGAAAAGCUGCUGGUAUGUGGUUUACAACUGUGGUUAAGCCAACAAACAAAUAUUGAUAAUUGCGUCUCCUGAGAAUGAAUAGAAGCAAUACUUGUCAUAGGAAUUUUUAUAGAAUAAAAAGACUGGAUUCUUUAAUAUUUUCUAGCCUUAGAUGCAGGUAUCUCUUAUAUUGGCAGAUUAGUUCUUGAGAUAAAUGUUUGUUGCAUCAUUUGUAAGAAAAUCACUUUGUACAGCAUUUGUAUAAUUGAAAUAGACUGAUACGAAAGAAGUAGAUUUGGUUGUAAGAGUUGGAUAUUUUUGUGACACUGACAAUAGUGAGUCAAAACUGGACUUUUCUUCAGAAGCAAUAAAUUUCACCAAAUGCCAGCAUUUUAAAAUGUGGAGAAACAAAAGACUGGAAUGAACAGAAACUUUAUUUUUUCCUGCUGGCUGUUUUCUCAUGUGGUUCUUCCCCCUGUCUAGAUAUCCAGGUAUAUAUUUCUUCCUGCCAAGAAUGCUUUCCAUUAACGCUUUCCACUGAUACACAAACCAUACGUUUAUUUUUUCGGUCACACUUCAAUAUAUAACAUCUAGUUUACCCUUUAUUAAGAGCCAAUAUAGAUCUACAAAUAGCAAAUUGCAUACUUGUUACCCCGGAACAAUUUUUUUUCAUUUGUUCCCAAGUCUGCAGAAGGAUUACAUCACUGAUGUCACAUAAUGAAUAUACACUACAUCACACUGUACUGGAUGUACAGAAAGAUAGACAUUACAUUUCCAGAGAUAGUAUAUUUUUAUCCACCCGUGCAACAGAAAGAGUUUAUAGACAGAUUAAAGUAAAUGGAAUAUCAGGGCGAUCUGGCUGUCACAUCUCACCCCAUUGAUCACCAGGGUUGAUUUGGCUGAUGUGGCUGACUAGGCAGGUGUCCCCUCCCUCACUGCUUCAUGUUCAUCUCUCCCAAUGCUACACACUUGGUGGAACAGGACGACCAUCCCAGAUAGGAGUGAUGAUGAAAGUAAAUGCCAGACCAUAUGUUAAACUCUAAAUUUCCUUUGGUGAUGGGUGAUAAAAGACUCUUGGAGGAGAGAAACUUCAAUGUGCCUCGUUGCAGUAAACAGGGAGGGUUUAGGUCGGGUGUAGGCAACCUUGGCUCUUUUAUGACUUAUGGACUUCAAUACCCAGAAACCCUGAAUCAGCCAUGCUGACUCAGGAAUUCUGGGAGUUGAAGUCCACAAGUCAUAAAAGAACCAAGGCUGCAUACCCCUGGUUUAGGUAAAUUAAGCUUAUGACAGGGAACUGACUAGAUAGGAUCCAGAUUCCCAUAGGAGACUUGCCUUCCUUCUCUUUCUGUGGUUUUCAGCUGUUCAAUAGGACAGUGACAUUUCUGACAAUGAAGCAUUGCCUUCCUUAGCCUCCUUAAACAAGUUGAAGGCCAUCUAGGCCACAAGAUAACCUGGAGUCUCUUCUGGGUGCAUGUUGGACAAUAUUUAUAGGCAAUAUUUAUGGGCCAGAAGACUUUGAAAUUUCAGAAGGCCACCCAAAAAGUAGGUGAAAAUUUUGAGGGAGGACAGAACUUACAAAAGGAGGACUGUCCUCCCUAAAGGAGGAUGGUUGGUCACCUUAAUAAUAUUCCAUAUAACUAAAACCCAAAUUAACAUACAGUAUGUCUUUUCUUGUCUGGUAAAAUCUGAAUUAUAUCACGGAAGAGGCCUUGUAGCCCAAACCCCUGGUCAAGCAGAUUGGUCUGUAGUUUCCCGAGUCCAUGUUUUUUCUCUUUAUGGAACCACAUCAGCUCUUUUUUCAGUCUUCCAGUACCGGUAGUUCCCCAGUGCUCCAGACUCUUUGAAAGAUUUUGUUCAGUGGUUCUGAGAUCCGUGUCUGCCAACUCCUUCAGAAAUCUGGGGUGUAAUCCAUCUGGUCCUGACAAUUUGAACUCAUUUAGAGUGGAUAAGUGUUUUCUUACCACUUUGUUGCUUAUUUUAUCUUGCAUUCAUGUCUUCUACAGUACUGCUUUUGUUAAGUUGGACUAUAGUAUUUUUUCCUUUUGUGCUUUUUCCUGGCUACCUGGUACCUCCUUGCCACUUCUCCCAUUAGUGGACCAAAUGUUUUCUUGACUUUUUUCUUGUUUUUUACAUGUUGAAAUCAACUUUUAAAAGUAUUUUUGGCAAGUUUGAAUUCAUGCUGAGGCUUAGCUUUCCUGACUUACAGAUUCGUGCUAUAUGCUGAUAUUCUGUUUUAGUUAUGCGUCCCUCUUUCCAUUUCUUAUACUUGCCCUUUUUGUCUCUCAGUUUAUCAGAGAGUUUUUCGUGCAACCAUGCUGGUUUCGUCUUGUUUUUGUUUCUCAAUUGUAUUGUAUUAGAUUGAACUUUUAUAAUCUCAUUUUUCAGAGUUUCCUAGGCAUCUUAAGUUGUUCUCCCUUUUGCGAUUUCCAUCCAAGAAAGUCUUCCUAAAGUCUCUCUAAGUUUGUUGGUUAUGACUUUUUGGUAUCCACCCACACAGCUGUAGAUGCCCCUGGCCCUAUCCUGCUAUGGGGAAACAAUUUGACAUGAGUGGCAUUCAUAGAAUAUUAAUGCUUUGGGGGGGGGGGCAGAUGAUUUUCAGGAGCAUUUCCUUUGGCAGUACUUCCCAAUUGCAGAAGCCUAAGAGAAGAGCCAAGUGGAAGUUUAGAAUUUCAGGGCAGCCAAGCCUACACAGUCCUGCCUCUUUCAUCAUUAAAAUUCUCCUUUGUUUUAUGGUGCAUUUAUAACAUCAAUAUCCAUUUGUCUCUGUUGUAGAUUCUAUCUGUUAACCAUUUAGAAACAAGCAUGUAAGAAAGUCCUUGGCAGGUCUCUGGCAAACCUCUCAGGUUUUUCCAAAUUUUUUAUAAAUUGAGCAAUCUAAUACAAUGGGUGUAGAUAAAUGGGGACUUAAGUAUCUUGUUGUGCAAUUUUAUUCAAUUAUUUUCUGUGGGACUGAGGCACACCUAUUUUGCAGAGGAUUGUAUGCACUGUGUAUGCAUAUUUUGGGCAUUGGCAAUCCUUAGGAAUGAGAUGGGUGUAUUUUUAUGUUUUGUUUUGUUAAGAUUUAUUCCCAUGAGCCUUGGGGAACUAUGCAGGAUAAAUUAUCUUUGUGAGAUGAGCCAGAUAGUGGUUUCCAAAAGUUAAAUAUACAAAAAUAUUGUAAUGGGAAUGGUCAGGCACCAUUCCAUUUUGCUGGUCUUCAUUGGUGCUCUGAAAGGACUUUUCUGUGGUUCUGUUUCUUGAAACAACAAUUCUUGUGGGUUAUCCUUGACUCCCAGUGGGAAAAUCUCCAGUGACAACUUAGGUGAUGUUCUGAUUUUGGUUUUGACACUUGUAGGUCCUGCCAAUAUUAGUGCUAUUUUUGUUCUGUUCUGCUUAUAAGCCUUCCUUUUGGGUUCAAAGUUUUGAGGCCUAGAUUCUAUCGGUCUGCAGGAAUGGGAAUUCCUUAUUUUGGGAAUGCUUUUCCAUGCUAUUUGAAUGUGGAACUUGAGAAAUUUUCAGUUGAGCUUUAAAAUAAACAAGCUCAAAUAUACAGGUAGUCUUCGACUUAUGAAUGUAAUAAAGCCUGACAAUUACAUUUGUAACCCGAGGAAUUUGUUAAUGACCUGAGCAUUCGAUUAGCGAAUGCUUUGGGUAAAUCAGGGAGGGAUCAUAUUCAAUUAAUGUGAUCCCUCCCUGAUUUACCCAAAGCCUUUGCUAAUCAAAUGCUCAGGUCGUUAAGUGUUCAAGUCGUUAAUUGCACAUGAGAUAUCUCAGGGUGAGGAAGACCAUGGAGAGGCCUAGUGCUUCUGACCAUCCAAGACCUCCCCCAACCCACUGAAAUAUUUCAUGCUCUCCCUCCAUCCCGCCCCACUGGGUGUCCACAGGGACUUGGCCUGUGGAGACUCACUUACCUUUUGAGGAUUUCAGUGAUCAAGUGAGCUGUGUCCUCUUCAGCCUCUCUGCGGCAAUUUCUUUGCCUGCAUCCCUGCAGGCUCUGGUCAUAUUUGCAAAAAACUUUUGACAUGAAGUAUGGAGGCUGGGAGAUGUGUGUGCGCUGCUCCUGGCCUCCGUUCUUGGCAGCAAAAGCCUUGAGGAAAGCCAGCCGAAGCCUGCAGGGAUGAGAGAUUGCGUCCCUGCAUGCUUCAGUCAUCUUUGCAAAAAGCUUUUGCCACCAAGAAUGAAGGCUGGGAGUGGUGCGCAUGCCCCUCCCGGCUUCCGUUCUUGGCGGGAAAAGCUUUUUGCAAAGACGACCGAAGCAUGCAGGGACGUAAUCUCUCACCCCUGCAGGCUUUGGCAAGGAAAUGGCAAAAGGAAUGAAGCACCGAAGCCUCCUGUCUGUUUGCAAAGCCUUUUGACAUGGAUCUUGUUGUUCAUCCCUCCAUUUGCAGAGAACUGCUGUGGAGAUCUAGCAGGAUGGGGGGAGGAAUAGGCAGGGCAAAUUUGCGGUGCCUUUGUGGUCGUUCAUAAGGGUAAGCGAUUGCCGUGGUGCUGCAACAUUCAUAAUCUCAGCGCUCUGUCCUAAGUACUUGGGGGGAUGAUGUCAUAACUUUGGUUGCGAAGUGAACUGUAGUAACUCGAGGAUUACCUGUAUGGAGACUCUGAACUCAAACAUUGAUUUCUUUUUUUCACCUGAAAAUAAGGAUGCAGAGCAAAUGCUCUCGAACUGCUCCUUGUAACUUGUUCAAUUAGUGCAUUCUGCUCUAGAGGACAUGUAAACAAUCAUGUAAAGUACAUUGUAGUAGACUAGUCUCAGACUUUUGAAAGAAGGUUGCCCGUUUCUUCUUUGUUUUUUAAGGUGCAUUCUUCCCUUAAGUGAUGGAAUUGAAGGAUGAAGAUAUGGCAACAGCCCUUUGAUUUCCUUUGCCUUUAUAAACAUUGUGCUCUCCUGGAGCCUGGAAAUUAAUAAAGAGCUAGAUAGGCAAGAGUUAACUGAAGGUAGAUAUGUGCCUAGAAGCCCUAUACCAGCGGUAGGCAACCUUGGCUCUUUUAUGCUGGCUCAGGAAUUCUGGGAAUUGAAGCCCACGAGUCAUAAAAGAGCCAAGGUUGCCUACCCCUGCCCUAUAUUAUAGUUGACUGAGGGGAUAUUGCACGCAUGGGGCUUAAUUCUCUUUGAAAGAGCAGGCAAAUAGCUUAGGGAGUUUUAUUUUAUUCAGCUUUAUCACUUCAGGUAUUGUUGACCUCCAAGUUCACCAGCUGCAAAUGUUGAUGAACAAAAGUCAUCCAGCAACAUUGGUCUCUGCUUGGAUAAUCUUCCAGUGUGUUAUUGAAACACAGAGCGAGGUGCUGUCCAGUUUUGCUGAGCUGCAUUUCCCAACAUAGCCAAUGGUGAUGAUUGCUGGAAGUUGUCCUUAACUUCUGGAAAUAUACAGGUGCCCCACCCUCACUGUAUUGUGUUGCGUGUGCUGCAGUUAGCCUUGAAGACGAGCCAGAAGUUUCAGCUAGAACAGAAUGGACCUGUAGGACUGUCAAGAAGUCCAGCCAAAUUGAAUCGCGUUUGAUCAGUCUGGAGGGAGCUGUGCUGGAUGUUUCAUGACUCCACGCCCAGUUCAAGGUCUGAUUUUAAAACUGCCUUAAAAAUAACACAAAAGGCCAUUUUGGACCCAAAUGACUGAAGGAAAACACAUUUUUCUGUACCAGACAGUUUGUAUCCAAAAUCUAUCAAGGAGUGGCAAUGGUUGAUCUCGCAUAAAACGUACCUUUAGAGAUUUCUGCCAUUUCAUCUCUGCAAAUGUCUAUCCAAAGUUGUUGUGUUUUUUGUCCAAGAUCAUUCAGCAUAGUUUGAAUUUAAAUUUCCUGCAGGCUGACAGUUUGAUGUAUCUUAAGUUACACUAAGUGAUCAUUUGCAAGAAAUAUUUUUAAUAUACACAGUCCUUGUUAUAUGGUAGGGAUCUCAAAUGUGAAUUGUUGAAGCAUUGAUACAAAGUCCCCAGUGAGUCAUAAAUGAAGAAAAUGAAGAGUAUUGUAAGAUGCUAUUUAACAGCAAUGAAUUUAAUGACAACUUUACUGCAAAACUGAGGUAUGUGCAAACCACAGCUAAAAGCUAGAUUGUGAUUUAGCUGGCAGCAUUUUUUAUUAAUGAAAAUACCAGUGUGAUAUUGAUCUGUGACAUUUUUUUCAAAUUCUUUCCCAAAAUUAAAUAGUCUAGAAAACCAUCUCACUAAGAGCUGGUAAAACCCUGCCUUUCUCCCACCUCCUUGCUGAGAAGUUCCCUUUGGUCUGUUUUUUCAUUUGCUUUCUUUUGUCUCUCCCUGCUCUGCCUGAGACAUUUUUAGCAGAAAACUCUUUCGUUUUUUCCCCCCACUCAUGCGGGGUCCUUGGUGCUGAGUUCGGUUGUUUCCUUGCAGACAUUUCAUUACCUGACCUAGGUAACAGCAUCACUACAUCUGCGAGAAAACCAAGCUCAGAGAGCAGCAAGGACCCCUUAUUCCAACUCUGAACUACAAAUAUUCUGGUUCCAUGUCUGUCUCAUAAAGAGAUCCUCACAGCAGACUAAGCAGUCCUGGCUUUCUACCUCUGCCGUUUCCUCCUUUUCUCAGCCAGCCCCAACCUGCCAGCUUGGCUGCCCAAGCCAAGUCUCUCCUCAGCUGCUUCUGCAGAGGAACAGGGUCCAGCGGCCCACAAGGGCACAUGGGGAUUCCAGCAGGUAGUGCAGCUUAGCAUGUUGACUUCUACUGCUCGACUGACAAGGCACUAACUCCUGCCAGGAGAUACACUGGGUUAGGCUGAAAUAAAUGGUGAGGCUAUGUCUCGCAGCCUAUUCCUCUUCCACAGGUUUCCAUGGUCCAGCUUAUCUAACUCUGUGGUAUUUAGAGCUUCCACAGUCUUCUUGUAGGCAGCAGAAAGUGACUUGGAGCAUGUAGCUCAAGAAUUGCAAGUUUGAGUUGUUACAUGGCCUUCCUGUUCAGUUACUCUCUCUGUCCUGUUUUGACCCUGCUUUGGACAAUUUAGCCUUUACCUCAAGAGAUUUGCAUUAGACAUGUGCUGGGCUUAAACUUGCCCAGCCUUUCAUGACUGCCUCAAGGAUCUGAAUGUUAUCCCAUCCAUCAAAUGCAAUAAUGGCAUUAUCUUCUCAAAAACUCUCUUUUCUGCUGGCAUGUCCUUUCGCUCUAGGGCUGUAGUAUGUUUAGGCUCCAUGUAGUUCUGUUCCUUUUGUAGUUCCCUUUUACCUUCCAUUAAAUAAAUGUUGAUUCUUCCUAAAUAAGUGUAAAUUUAUUUUCUCCUUGUUUUCUCAAAACUUAUCAGUUGAAUAGUUGAGAAAUUCUAUUGUACUUUUUUUUUCAAGAGGUAGGAGUAUUUAUUUGGCCUUGAGAUGCCCAUAUUUUUGAAAAUGCAGUGAUGUAAUCUGAUAUGCACCCUCAUUACUCGCCACUUUAGCCAUCUUAAAAGAGUUCAGUGGAAAUUUGUCACAUAGAAGAACCAGAUUGCACUUUACAUAGUAUUUGUGUUUGUUUAUAUGAUGAUUGCUGAAAUGUGUGUGCUUAGAAAGCAAACACUGAGCAUGAGAGACCCUUGACCAUCUUGGCGCCUUAGUGAAUAAAUAUCACACAAUCCUAAAAAGAUGCACAUCGUGUUUUAUUUCCCAUAACAGCUUCAGUAAAGGGAUCUGUCUAAAACUGUUAAUAGGCCCUAAAAUAUGCAAGUCUGGCUUAGAUAUUAUUUAUGACAUGAAUUGAUAAACCACCUGAUGAAUUUCCUGCAUUUGAUGGAAUAUGAAAGGAAAACAAUCUUGACACUCAUAAAUUAUGAAAAGUUUACAGUUGAUAUAAUAGUAAUAAUACUCAUUUCUCUUUGCUUUCACUUCACCUAGUUUUGUGAUAAUACAGUACACUUUCCUAUUACUAUUUUAGAUAAGAUUAGCCAAAUCUUGUUUCUAUACAAGGGAAAAUAAUAAUUGUCAAAGAGGUGUAAGGUGGAUGAGAUUUAGGAGUCUGUAUAUUUUUGUAUAUAUGUGACAGAUAAAAUGUCAAAUUUGUAGUGAUGUGAUCACAUUGAAAAGCAGAAGCAAAUGUUGAAAUAUACAUCAUGUUAACAUUUAACUACAGUUCAAUUGCACAAUCUAGAUAGCUGAAUUAGGUCUUGCUACAGUUCUGAUUGCAAUUUAUUUAUAAGCUGUGGAAUUCAGCUUAAGACUGUUCUGCUUUAAAAUAUGUAGCAGGUCAAUUAGUGUGUCCAAAGGAAUGCACUUGUUCCAAGAAACUGUAUUGCAUUUUCUUCAUUAAAAUGCUUUGACACUCUUGA